CGCCCCCGCGCCGGGCCCGAGCUCGCUCCUGCGCGCGCGCCCUCCCGGGUCCAAGUGAAUGUCCUCGCGCGCGCGGGACACGGCGGUGGAUGCGAUUCCGCUCGGCUCCUGCCGCUCGGAGCUCUCCCGCGCCGCAGGCAACGUCCUCCUCCUCCUCCUCCUCUCAAACAGCUGCGCCUGCACCUGGGCAGCCUGGACCUUCGUGCCCGGCCCCCGGGGCCUCGCGCGAGGGGCGCCCCGGGACACCCCCUGCGGACCGGGUGGAGGAGGAAGAGGAAGAGAAGGAGGAGGAGGUGGAGGAAGAGAGGAAGACGUGGCCCCGGACCCCCUGCCUAGCGCGGAACAGCUGCGACUUCUUUUUCAAAGGGUGGCGGAGAGAGCUGGGAAGAACCAUGGGGGGCUUGGAAGUCCGGGAAUUUCUCCUGCAAUUGGGUUUAUUCUUGCCUUUGCUGACGGCUUGGAAGGGGGACUGCAGUCAUGUCUCCAACAACCAAGUUGUGUUGCUUGAUACAACAUCUGUGCUGGGGGAACUAGGAUGGAAAACAUAUCCAUUAAAUGGGUGGGAUGCCAUCACUGAAAUGGAUGAGCACAACAGGCCCAUUCACACAUACCAAGUUUGCAAUGUGAUGGAACCAAACCAAAACAAUUGGCUUCGUACAAACUGGAUCUCCCGUGAUGCAGCUCAGAAAAUUUAUGUGGAAAUGAAGUUCACACUAAGGGAUUGUAAUAGCAUCCCAUGGGUCUUGGGGACUUGCAAAGAAACAUUUAAUCUCUAUUAUGUGGAAUCAGAUGAAACUAAUGGAAUGAAAUUCAAGCCAAGCCAAUAUAUAAAGAUUGACACAAUAGCAGCUGAUGAAAGUUUUACUCAAAUGGAUUUGGGUGAUCGCAUCCUCAAACUGAACACCGAAAUUCGUGAAGUAGGCCCUAUAGAAAGAAAAGGAUUUUAUCUGGCUUUUCAAGACAUUGGGGCAUGCAUUGCUUUGGUUUCAGUUCGUGUUUUCUACAAAAAAUGCCCCUUCACUGUUCGUAACUUAGCCAUGUUUCCUGACACCAUCCCUCGGGUUGACUCUUCUUCAUUGGUUGAAGUAAGGGGCUCUUGUAUAAAGAGUGCAGAAGAGCGUGACACUCCUAAGCUGUACUGUGGAGCUGAUGGAGAUUGGCUUGUUCCUCUUGGAAGGUGUAUCUGCAGUACCGGAUAUGAAGAAAUUGAGGGUUCUUGCCAUGCUUGCAGACCAGGAUUCUAUAAAGCAUUUGCUGGCAACACAAAGUGUUCUAAAUGUCCUCCACACAGUUUAACCUACAAGGAAGCAACUUCUAUCUGUCAGUGUGAAAAAGGUUACUUCCGGGCUGAGAAAGACCCACCUUCUAUGGCAUGUACCAGACCACCUUCAGCUCCUAGGAAUGUGGUUUUUAACAUCAAUGAAACAGCCCUUAUUUUGGAAUGGAGCCCACCAAGUGACACAGGAGGGAGAAAAGAUCUUACAUACAGUGUAAUCUGUAAGAAAUGUGGCUUAGACAACAGCCAGUGUGAGGACUGUGGUGGAGGACUCCGCUUCAUACCAAGACAUUCUGGCCUGAUCAACAAUUCUGUGAUAGUACUUGACUUUGUGUCUCACGUGAAUUACACCUUUGAAAUAGAAGCCAUGAAUGGAGUUUCUGAGUUGAGUUUUUCUCCCAAGCCAUUCACAGCUAUUACGGUAUCUGCAGAUCAAGAUGCACCUUCUCUGAUAGGUACAGUAAGGAAGGACUGGGCAUCUCAAAAUAGCAUUGCCCUAUCUUGGCAAGCACCUGCUUUCUCCAAUGGAGCAAUACUGGACUACGAGAUCAAGUACUAUGAGAAAGUCUACCCACGGAUAGCGCCGGCAUUUUGGCACUACCUGCGGGUAGAAGAGCAUGAGCAGCUCACCUAUUCCUCCACGAGAUCCAAGGCUCCCAGUGUCAUCAUCACAGGGCUCAAGCCUGCCACCAAGUACAUAUUUCACAUCCGAGUAAGAACUGCAACAGGAUACAGUGGCUACAGUCAGAAAUUUGAAUUUGAAACAGGAGAUGAAACUUCUGACAUAGCUGCAGAACAGGGGCAGAUUCUGGUAAUAGCCACGGCAGCAGUCGGAGGAUUCACGCUCCUCGUCAUACUAACGCUGUUCUUCUUAAUCACUGGGAGGUGCCAAUGGUACAUAAAGGCCAAAAUGAAAUCAGAAGAGAAGAGAAGAAACCACUUGCAGAAUGGACACUUGCGUUUCCCAGGAAUUAAAACUUACAUAGAUCCAGAUACAUAUGAGGAUCCAUCCCUAGCAGUACAUGAAUUUGCAAAAGAAAUUGAUCCCUCAAGAAUUCGCAUUGAGAGAGUCAUUGGGGCAGGUGAAUUUGGAGAAGUUUGUAGUGGUCGUUUGAAAACACCAGGAAAAAGAGAGAUUCCAGUUGCCAUCAAAACUUUAAAAGGUGGCCACAUGGAUCGGCAAAGAAGAGAUUUCCUAAGAGAAGCUAGCAUCAUGGGUCAGUUUGACCACCCAAAUAUCAUUCGCCUAGAAGGUGUUGUCACAAAAAGAUCCUUCCCUGCCAUAGGGGUGGAGGCAUUCUGUCCCAGCUUCCUGAGGGCAGGAUUUUUAAAUAGCAUCCAGGCCCCCCAUCCAGUGCCGAGUGGAGGAUCGCUGCCCCCCAGGAUUCCUGCUGGCAGGCCUGUAAUGAUUGUGGUGGAAUAUAUGGAAAAUGGAUCCCUAGACUCCUUUUUGCGGAAACAUGAUGGCCACUUCACAGUAAUCCAAUUGGUUGGUAUGCUUCGAGGAAUUGCAUCCGGAAUGAAGUAUCUUUCUGAUAUGGGUUAUGUUCAUCGAGAUCUAGCAGCAAGAAAUAUAUUGGUCAAUAGCAACUUAGUGUGCAAAGUUUCUGAUUUUGGUCUCUCUCGAGUGCUAGAAGAUGAUCCAGAAGCUGCAUAUACAACAACUGGAGGGAAAAUACCCAUAAGGUGGACAGCCCCAGAAGCUAUUGCCUACAGAAAAUUCUCCUCUGCAAGCGACGCCUGGAGCUAUGGCAUUGUCAUGUGGGAGGUGAUGUCCUAUGGAGAGAGACCUUAUUGGGAAAUGUCAAACCAAGAUGUCAUUUUGUCCAUUGAAGAAGGGUACAGACUUCCAGCUCCCAUGGGCUGCCCAGCAUCUCUACACCAGCUGAUGCUCCAUUGCUGGCAGAAGGAGAGAAAUCACAGACCCAAAUUUACUGACAUUGUCAGCUUCCUUGACAAACUGAUUCGCAAUCCCAGUGCCCUUCACACUCUGGUGGAGGACAUACUUGUGGUUAAUGGACUCCACAGCCAGUGCCCACCAGCAGAGCUCUCUAACUGUUCUAUGGCUGUAGAAGGAGGCAGAAUGCCAGAGUCCCCUGGUGAAGUUCCUGAGUAUCCUUUGUUUGUCACAGUUGGUGACUGGCUGGAUUCUAUAAAGAUGGGGCAAUAUAAGAGUAACUUCGUGGCGUCAGGGUUUACAACAUUUGACCUGAUUUCAAGAAUGAGCAUUGAUGACAUUAGAAGAAUUGGAGUUAUACUCAUUGGGCACCAGAGACGAAUAGUCAGCAGUAUACAGACUUUACGUUUACACAUGGUGCACAUACAGGAGAAGGGGUUUCAUGUAUGAAAGUACUACAAGCACCUUUGUUUUGUGCCUCGACAUUUCUAAACUGAUCCAUUCUACUUAUCGGCUCUUCUGAUUCUCCAAACAUCACUUCACAAGCUGCAGCCUCCUGUCCUUCAGAAAUAUGGGCACACACUUUUUGUUUAUGCUUCUGGCCUGGAUUUAAAAACCAUGCUUUAUAACUCCUCUCUGAAUAACAUGCAAAAAAAAAAAAAUCCCUUACACGCUGCAGAUUUACACUGCACAAUGGUAAAGAACUUAGCAUGGGUGUGUGACUUUGUAUAGCAGUUUGGGGGGAAGUGAUCACAGGCUUAAUCUAAAGGAAUUUUCCCAGGUGUGGCUUCCUUAAUGGUGUUUUUAGUGUUUAAUGGUAAAUGAAAAAGUAGUUGACCUUUUUGUCAUGCUUUGUGAUCAAUUAUCUUUUAAUUAACAUAAAACAUUUAUUUUUAGAUGAUUACAUUCAACUACAUGGGUCAUGUCAUUGCUUUAUAAAGGCUUAACUAUUGAUGGCUGAUGUUAGAAUUAUUUGCAGAAAUGAUCGAUUAUUUCUUAUAGAGAGUUCUUGUUGGGAAUGUACAUGGGGAAAAGAAGGUUAUUGAAAUGGGAAAAAUAUAUUGUGCUUUUAAAUUUUGUAAGGCUGAGUUUGACUAUUUUUAAAAUCAUUGCUAUAGCAUCCUACAUAUUUUCUAGUAUGUGGUAUUUUAGAGACUCUUCCCCUCUUAGUUCUACUAACUGUGUUUCUCUGCUUCCUUACAAAUGACCAAAAGUGAGUGCAUUUCUCUAAUGUCUGUCAAAGGGUGAAACCCUGAGUAUUCCAUUGGAUUAUCUUCACAAAUUUACAAAAGUAAUUGUCACACCAGUGAGAAAAUUGGUUGUUCUUAGCAGAAUUACUUUGAAUAAAGCAUCAACUAUCUUCCUUAGAUCUACUUUAAAAAUCAAUCAGUUUAAACAGGUUUUUACAAUGGCUAAAUGACAGCCCAUGAAAGUAAAUGUAUUACACUACCUGCUAUUGGAGCAUUUUGUAUGUUUAAAUUUCUUGUGUUUUGUUCCCAAAUAUACAUUACAUGAACAUGCUAGAGCUGGUUUCCAAACCUUCCAAGAGGAAAAAAAAAAAAAAAGGGAACCAUAUCCUCCCUCCAAAGAGGUUCUACAAUACACUGAUGUGAGCACAGCUAACUUGUGUUAACAAGCUCAGAAGCUGCAAGGAAGAAAAGUGAAUGUUAUUUUUCUGUAAAUUAAGCCGAAUCAGCUUUCCAAAAUCUUGUGAACAGAUUCUGAGGUUCUGUUAUGAUAUCAGCUGCUCCUUGUGGUACUAAAAACAUGACUAUACUAUAUCGGGGAGCAGUAGGGGAAAUGUGUCAAGAGAGGGGAAGAAGAUUGCCUAAAGACUCUGAUUCUAUUGACUGAUUGUCACAUUUCACCUCAGAAAUAACAGUGCCCUAUCCACACUUUUAAAUUCCUCAUGAAUCACAUCUUUUUUGAUAGUAGCUUUCUUAUAAUUAGAAGGAUCUCGGUUGUUCUUUUACUCCUGAUUUUAAGACUAGUUGAUUGUUC